GCCCCUCCGGGCCCUUCUUCCGGGUGGGGCCCCGGGCCGCGGCGAUGGCGCCCUGGGCGCUCCUCAGCCCGGGGGUCCUGGUGCGGACCGGGCACACUAUGCUGACCUGGGGCAUCACGCUGGUGCUCUUCCUGCAUGAUACCGCCCUGCGCCGGUGGGAGGAGCAGGGUAAGCUGUUGUUGCCACUCACGUUCCUGCUGCUGGUCCAGGGCUCCCUGCUGCUCUACCUGGCUGUGUCACUCAUGGACCCAGGCUACGUGAGCAUCCAGCCCCAGCCCCAGGACUUGGCAGCCAAGGAGGAGCCGCUGGUCAAGGCCCCUCACGUCUUUCCUGUCCGCCGUUGCCGCUUCUGCCUGGUGCUGCCGCCCCUGCGGGCCCGCCACUGCCGUGAGUGUGGCCGCUGCGUGCGGCGCUUCGACCACCACUGCCCGUGGCUGGAGAACUGCGUGGGCGAACGCAACCACCCGCUCUUCGUGGCCUACCUGGCGCUGCAGCUGCUGGUGCUCCUCUGGGGCGUCUACCUGGCAUGGUCCGGCCUCCACUUCUUCCAGCCCUGGGGACAGUGGCUCCGCGCCAGCGGGCUCCUGCUGGCCACCUUCCUGCUGCUGUCGCUCUUCUCGGCGGUGGCCGCGCUGCUCCUGGGCUCCCACCUCUACCUAGUGGCCAGCAACACGACCACCUGGGAGUUCAUCUCCGCCCACCGCAUCGCCUACCUCCGCCAGCGCCCCGGGAACCCCUUCGACCGCGGCCUGGCCCGCAACCUCGCCCACUUCUGCGGGUGGCCCUCGGCGUCCUGGGAGAGCCUGUGGGCCGAGGCCGAGGCCGAGGCCGGCAGCCAAGCCGUGUAGGGGCCCCCCACCCCCCACUGGGCCCACCCAGGCCCCUGUGCCGAGGGGAAGGGCAUGACCUUGGGGGGGACAACUGGGGUACGGAUGCUGCCCCCCUGCCCAAGCCA